GAUAAUAUUUGAUUUGUUUAUGAUGAAAUUGGAGAAUUGAUCGAGUGGCUUCCAUACGUAGGCUUGCACGCACCAAAAUUAUUGCACAAGAAAAGGUGAUUCCAUUUUCCGGCCACAAUCAUGACACGUGUGGGGGACGAGGGCGGUGCAAAUGCGGGCGACGAUGACGUGGCGCCAUACGUCCACAAGGUGGGGGUGCCACCUAAGCAAGGGCUGUUGAAGGAGAUCAAGUUUGCAUUGAAGGAGACAUUCUUCCAUGACGAACCUCUUAAACAUUUCAAGGACCAAUCGGUAUCGAGAAAGUUGUUGCUUGCUAUACAAGGCGUCUUCCCGAUUCUUGAUUGGGCUAGACGCUACAAACUCCACUUGUUCAGGGGCGAUCUCAUAGCCGGGCUCACGAUCGCAAGUCUAUGCAUACCUCAGGAUAUUGCAUAUGCAAAGCUUGCUAACUUGGACCCCCAGUUUGGACUAUACAGUAGUUUUGUUCCGCCGUUGAUUUAUGCAGCAAUGGGAAGCUCGAGAGAUAUCGCGAUUGGACCGGUGGCUGUGGUUUCUCUGUUGCUCGGAAGUAUGCUUCAACAGGAAAUCGAUCCUAAGCACAAAAUCGAGUAUCAAAAACUUGCCUUCACGGCUACUUUUUUCGCCGGGAUCACUCAGUUUACACUCGGUUUCUUCCGGUUGGGUUUCUUGAUCGACUUUCUUUCUCACGCGGCGAUUGUGGGAUUUAUGGCGGGAGCAGCCAUAACGAUCGGCCUUCAACAGCUAAAGGGAUUGCUCGGCGUGAAGACUUUUACUAAGAAAACCGACGUAGUUUCGGUUAUGAGUUCCGUUUGGACUAAUGUUCAUCAUGGGUGGAAUUGGGAGACUUGUGUCAUUGGAAUCACAUUCUUGGCUUUUCUGCUCCUUGCCAAGUAUAUUGGAAAAAGGAACAAGAGACUAUUUUGGGUACCGGCAAUAGCUCCGUUGAUUUCUGUUAUCGUUGCAACGUUCUGCGUUUUCAUCACCCGUGCAGACAAGAAAGGAGUCCAAAUCGUACGAUACAUUGAAAGAGGCAUCAACCCUCCAUCUCUCGAUAAAAUCCACUUCACCGGCAGCUAUGUCCUCACCGGUUUCAGAAUUGGCGCUAUCGCAGGAUUAAUUGCACUAACCGAAGCAGUGGCAAUUGGUCGAACAUUUGCAGCAAUGAAAGACUAUCACUUAGAUGGGAACAAAGAAAUGGUGGCACUAGGCACAAUGAACAUCGUCGGCUCGAUGACUUCUUGUUACGUCGCCACAGGAUCUUUUUCGAGAUCGGCUGUGAACUACAUGGCGGGAUGUAACACAGCUGUGUCGAACAUAGUGAUGUCGAUAGUGGUGUUACUUACAUUGGAGGUGAUCACCCCCUUGUUCAAGUACACACCGAACGCAAUUCUUGCUUCGAUUAUUAUAUCUGCCGUGGUCGGAUUAUUCGACUACCAAGCAAUGAUACUUAUAUGGAAGAUCGAUAAGUUCGACUUUGUUGCUUGCAUGGGUGCCUUCUUUGGUGUCGUUUUCAUCUCCAUCGAAAUCGGCCUUCUCAUAGCGGUGGCUAUAUCGUUUGCGAAGAUUCUUCUGCAAGUGACUCGACCGAGAACUGCGGUUCUUGGUAAAAUUCCGAGAACUUCGGUUUAUAGGAACACACAACAAUAUCCAGAAGCAACUAAGGUUCCUGGUGUUCUCAUUGUCCGAGUUGACUCUGCUAUCUAUUUUUCUAACUCCAAUUACAUUAGGGAGAGGAUACUGAGGUUGUUGAGUGAUGAAGAGGAGAACCACAAAGAGAAUGACCAAUCAAGAAUCCAGUAUUUGAUUGUCGAAAUGUCUCCUGUGACCGAUAUAGAUACUAGUGGCAUUCAUUCCUUGGAAGAUCUACAAAAAAGUCUUGGAAAGAGACAUAUACAGCUUGUUCUAGCGAACCCGGGACAAACGGUACUUGACAAGCUACAUGCGUCGGAAUUUGCUAGCAAAGUCGGAGAAGACAAUAUUUUCCUCACCGUUGGAGAUGCGGUCUCGACUUUGGCUCCCAAAAUGGAGCCUUGAGGUUUACCUUUUUUCGGUCGGAGAAAAUGUUUUUGAUUUGAUAUAAUCGCUAGGGGAAUAUGUCAAAUUAAUAGCAAGGGGAAUAUGUCAAAUUAAUAGGAUGAAUUUUAUUAAUUGACAUUCAUAUUUGAAUUAGGAUAUAUUGUUGUUUAUCUUGUGAUUAGUAUAGAAAACUCUUUUGUUUGUAUUGAUUAACUAAGUUUGAUUGUGAUGUAAAAGAUGAAUAACAAUAACAGUUUGUUAUAAACCUUAACGGAAUAAAUAAAUUGUCUAGAUUAUACUUUUA